AUGGGUGAUAAUAACACUGUUUUCUCCUUUCUUUUUCUUCUUCUGUUUGUCUUUUCAUCUGCUUCUUCAUCGACUAUUGUCAAUUUUCAUCAACCUUUUCCCAUUGUUGAACCCGAUCCCGGUCAUACAAAGCUCCGUCUUUCACCGGAAGGCUUGGAGGCUAUUGAGAAAAUAACAAACCCCAUUGCAUCUGUGGCUGUAAUUGGACCUUACCGCUCGGGAAAGUCUUUUUUGCUGAAUCAACUUCUCUCUCUCUCUUGUUAUGAAGGGUUUGGUGUGGGGCACAUGCGUGAUACAAAAACAAAAGGAAUAUGGAUUUGGGGAACUCCGAUAGACUUGGAGAUUGAUGGAGUAAAAACCUCUGUCUUUUACAUAGAUACAGAAGGUUUCGAAAGCAUCGGGAAGUCGAAUGUAUAUGAUGAUCGGAUAUUUGCUCUGGCAACUGUAAUAAGUUCCGUGCUUAUCUAUAAUCUGCCCGAGACGAUACGUGAAGCUGACAUCUCUAGACUCUCUUUUGCGGUUGAGCUUGCUGAAGAAUUUUACGGAAGAGUGAAGGGCCAAGAUGUUGCAUUUGAACCUGCUAAGCUCUUGUGGCUUAUCCAACGCGAUUUUCUGCAAGGGAAAUCAGUACAACAAAUGGUGGACGAAGCUCUUCGACAAGUCCCCAAUACUGGUAGAGACAGAAAUAUUGAUAUGAUCAAUCAAAUCCGAGAUUCAUUGGCUAUAAUGGGUGACAACAGUACGGCUUUUAGCUUACCACAACCGCAUCUUCAGCGGACAAAGCUUUGUGACUUGAAGGACGAGGACCUUGAUCCAUCAUAUGUGAAGAAAAGAGAUCAACUAAAAGAUCUUGUUUCUAGCAUAAUCCGUCCAAAGAUUGUACAAGGAAAAUCUCUGAAUGGGAAAGAGUUUGUUUCCUUCCUGAAGCAGAUACUUGAAGCCUUGAACAAGGGAGAGAUUCCGUCAACAGAAGGAUCUCUACGAUCGUCCCAUGAUACAGUUAGAGGUGAAGCUAUGCAAGCAUUCGAUCAACAACAUUUUGGCCGUCACCAUGCUAAGAAAUCAAUCACGCAACUAGAUGAAGAAAUUGACAAGGUAUUUAAGAAUGUCGUUUUACAAAAUGAAUAUAAAUCUUCAAAGCUUUGUGAGGCACUGUACACCGAAUGCGAGGACAUAAUGGAUCAGCUUCAAGUUCUCAAGCUUCCUUCAAUGGCAAAAUUUAACGCAGGUCUCGAGAAAUGCAAUCAUACUUUUGAGCUUGAAUGUGUUGGACCUUCAAAAGAAAACUACGAGGGACGCAUGGCAAAGAUGUUGGGAAAGUCUAAGUCUAUAUUUAUUAAGGAGUACAACCACAGGCUUUUCAAUUGGUUGGUGGCUUUCUCCUUGGUAACAGUUGUGCUUGGCCGGUUUAUUAUAAAGUUCAUUUUGGUCGAAAUCGGAGGAUGGUUACUUUUUAUAUUUCUGGAAACCUACACAAGGUUGUUUUGGUCAGCAGAGUCACUUUACUACAACCCUGUUUGGCAUUUUAUAGUUGCAUCUUGGGAGACUCUUGUUUACAGCCCUAUCCUCGAUCUUGACAGAUGGGCUAUUCCUCUCUGUGCAAUACUAUCUAUUUUCAUUCUAUAUUGGCGGUGUUGUGCGAAAAGGAAACAUGGAUCACGAUGGCUAUUACCAUUAUAUGGCAGCAAUAAAAAUGGUGCAAAUAGACCAAGAUCAGACUAG